UUUUUGUGGAGAAGGGGAUGGGUCGGAACGGCCAGCGAUGCCAGAUCAAGCUUGGCUAUGUCCGAAAAAGCUUGUUCCAUCGUAAAGAUGCUGGUAAAUAAUAACAAAAUUGAGAAACCGUAUGUUCAGCUCGUCUAUGACCUGGAUUUGGGCCUGUGGACCCAGUAGACUAGUUCUGGAAUCCCGGUAUUUCCGGCGCCGACCGCAUUUCAGAUUUCCUCGUGUCGCUUAGUUCCGUUAUAGUAUUGCAACAUACUUUAAUUUUAGCACGUCUGGAAGAUGUGGUUGGCUGAUGGAAUGAGAUACCCCGGGCCGCCGCUCUUGCCGGCCAGAGUUCUUGCCUCACACACGUCAGAGCAACAUAUAUAAGCUUAAGCCAUCGAUCACUCCCACCUCCUCGAGCUUUCCAUCGACGCAGGCCCCUCUCUCAGUCACCAUGCAGUUCCUAAUCAGCCUAUUCUUCCUGCCUGCGGGGCUUCUUGGCGCUUUCGCGCUUCCUCCUUCAGAAGAGGUCGUUGCCCGCGCUCUAGUGUCCCCCGACAGGACGUGCGGCGUCCAGUCCAUCGGCGGGUACUUCUGCCCAUUCGACACGCCGUGCUGCUCAGGCAGCGGGUUCUGCGGAUCCGGAGACGCAUACUGCCUCACAUCCACCGGCUGCCAGGCCGACUAUGUCGCCCCGGGCUCCAAGGCCUGCUAUGCGCCUACGGACAAGGUGACCAUCACGCCAGACAACACAUGCGGAAAGACCGGCGCCAAUGAGUUCGGUUACCAUUGUGGUAGCAGCUUGAACUGCUGCUCCGGAUACGGGUACUGUGGAAAUACUACGGCAUACUGUGAUCAACCUGAGUUCGGAUGCCAGCCAGACUAUGGCUACUGCAGGCGUACGGGUGCUUAGCUUGACGGUGGAUGGGUGGAUCCUAGAAAUUGUUUUGGAUAAUUUGAAACGACAUCAAUUUGCAUUCGGUACCUAUAAUGCAAAUUUGACCUAUGCCUUCGUAGACGAUAAACUCACCCGAUAUGUUCCUACAAUGGCCUUGAGCGAAACGGGUGGCGUUGCUUGUGGUUCACCACUUAUUUCAACUAUCGAGACUAUGACUCUCUCAGGAAAGGUUAACCUUGUGUACUGAGGACUUGCAGCGAGUGAUACAAGCUAUGAAGCUGAGAUUCUCAUUUACCUAAAUUGAAGACAGUAGAUUCAACUUACUUACACGCUUGCAUUGCAUAUAUAUAAGACAAG